AUGGCUGCCGGUAAAGAAGGAAAGAAAGCCGCCUCGAAGGGCUCCAAGCAAGCCAAUGCUGCUGCUAAGGCUGCUUUGAAGGGGACUCACACUCAUAAGCAGCGUAAGGUCCGAACGAGCACCUCUUUCCAUCAGCCCAAGACCCUGGUGCUUUCAAGAGCUCCAAAGUACCCUCGCAAGUCGAUCCCUCACCAGCCGCGUCUUGAUGAGCAUAAGAUCGUCAUCCAUCCUCUCAACACGGAGAGCGCCAUGAAGAAGAUGGAGGAGAAUAAUACUCUCGUCUUUAUCGUUGAUGUGAAGGCCAACAAGGCUCAAAUCAAGCUUGCCCUCAAGAAGCUGUACGAUAUCGACACCGUGAAAAUCAAUACACUUAUUCGCCCCGAUGGCUCCAAGAAAGCCUACGCUCGUCUUACUCCCGACGUUGAUGCCUUGGAUAUUGCCGCCAACAAACUUUCUCUUGUUUAA